AUGCAGCUGAUGAAAGCAGUCUUGAGAUCCUCGGUAGUGGCUCAGCAGUGUCCGUGCCAUUUCAUCGAGCCCAGCUGUUUACAUCACCCACAUGAAAUCAAUCCAGAUGGCGAAAACUUUCUUCUUCUUUGCUGUAUCAUUUCUUCGAUAUAUUGUUCUCUACCAUCUCCCCCUCCAUUCAAAUACCUCCUUUGUUUCUCCCUUCUCCCUCCCUUCCUCACAGUCUCUCUCUCCCCACCACUUUCUGUUCACAGACUCCGUCCUCUCCUCCCCGCCCUCUUUCCCCAACCGGCUGUCACCGCACGUUGUCCAUAUUUACUUCCGCUCCAAGGUCCCCGAUCAGGCGCGCCCCCCAUGUCCUUAGAUCAUUAUCCAAUGCUUGCCGACCGUCGAUUUCAACCCAGCGAGAGAUCAACCUAUCCCUCCUCCUCAUCCCACCAACUUCCUCCCCCUCUUCCCCCUGCAUGGCAGCAAUAUGUCUCUAGAUCUCCUCACAACCCGCCCAGUGACUAUCAGCCGCACAAUCCCUCUCCUUGGGACGCCACUCUCCAACCCCCUUGGUCUGAUGACACCAUCAUGUCCCCGCCAUAUCGUUCUGCAGGAACCUGUUAUACAGUGCCCUCAGACUACCCAGAGUCUUCUCAGCGCACAAUCGUCUUGCCAUCGUCUCCCCAGAUGCGCUUAUCAUCCAGCACGCCAUAUUCGCGUUCUUCCCUGAGGCAGCAUCCAUCUGCGGCCAAUCCUCUCAAGUACGACGAUUCGAGCUGGAGCACAGAUCUCUACACCCUCGAUGACACAGACCACGUUCUAGACUCCGCCCUCACGUCACCUCCACCUAGAAGUAUUACCAGCCCAAGCAGUAAUCGAUCUGUGCGCUCUCCUUCUGCGCCUGUCAAGCUAGAACCCACUGAUGAUGGUGAAUCCUGCUUUGUGAUGGAAUUCAACUCGUCCUCUCCUGGUUUCAGUGCCGCCCCGCCAACUGAAGUACCUCUACGGGCAACGCAAGCCUCAAAGGAGAUGCGCCGCAUGAUGGGCGUAUUCAGACUUAACCCGUUCUCCAUGCACGAGGGUGGCGGUGGGGCAUCCGCACCUUGGACUGGCGAGGAAGCAGGCCCCUUGCUGGAUGAGCCACUCGUAUUCGAGUUUCAGCUCGAUGUAGGCGGAAAUAGCGACACAAGCACUGCCAGCCCUACUCCACCAAAUGACCGCUUCGCUGACUUCUCGCCCAGCGCUAACGAUGAAUCUCAGCGGGACUCGCCUUCGCAGUGGGCGGACUGCCAGGCAGAAUUCGACCAGCCUCAGCUUGAAUCACAUCCACAGAGUUGGAUGUCAGAUCCUGUUAAUACAUUUACUUCGCCUACUCUCUCGCUGGACGAGCUAGAUUACUCCAAUGGACAUCAGCCGCAUAUCCGCCAACACUCGCACCACCUUGCUCCGCAUAUACCACAAUCUCCGUCGUGCUCGUCAACGUCAUCGGGAUUCGAUAAGCGUGAACAACGUCGUCUUCCAUCAGAACCGUCUUGGCCACGCAACAAUAUUUCUGGUUAUCCCGCCAACAACGCAUAUAACUUCGCCGUUGGAGCAGGCACAUGCAAUCAUGCUUUCGUGACUUCCAACACGAGCGCUAUUGACGUUGCCAGCACUGGUUCCGACGGGUCAUCUACAUCGAUUAUACGUCGAUGGUCAGUUCCGACGAACCUUCAAGCGCCCUUCCUCUUGUGA